CUCGGGACAAGUACUACAAGUUCUGACUUUCCUUGUCCCCGUCUCACCUGACAGUCCUAGUUUCCUUCGCCCUACAAACUUACCAGAAAUCCCUUCCGGGCCUAGACUCAAGUAGACUCACUCAUGGCGCCUCAAGAGCCACGGCCCCUCACCGAGGCCCAGCUUCGCCGGUACAAAGACUGUGCCGACGAGAACGCCAAGCUCGCAGAGUGCUGGGCAGGUCAUCAGGUCGUCAUCAUAGCCUGCGAACCAUCCGACUCCUACAAGUACGCAGGUGAGAGAAACUCCCAAGCCAUCGCAAUACACGUCAUGUCGCCGGCCGAGAAGCCCGUGUGGGGCCAGUCCCGGAGGCCCCGACAGCGGCAGCAACAGCCGUCCCGGCAACUGUACCAGACGACAAUUCGCUUGCUGGGACGGUCCAAGGAGAACAAGAGAUUACAACCGAGGCCGUGGAGCACGAAGACGGGAUCGCACGAAGUAUUCGAGAUGUACUCAUUCGACGCGCGGCAAAAGGCCCGGGAGACCUUUGACGAGCUGGGCGCGGCGUACGUGACGGUAUGCAUCGUGAGCUACGACGUGCGCGAGACGACGCGCGCGAUGGACGGGUUCGGCGUGAGAAUGCCGGCGGGCGCAGUGCUAGUAGACCUCGUCAAGGUUCUGGAGCACCAGACGCGGGACGAGGGCAUCCCGGAGGAGCUGAGCAAGUACACGAACGAGAAUAUCGCGGUGAGGAACGGGCGGUAUGAUCGCCGGCCCGGGACGCCGACAGGCCCGCUCGGGAUGCCGAGUGUUCGGCUCCUGGAGGUGCUCGGCCCGGCUGCCGCGGGACACUGCGCAGACUUUAAGAGAAUCGAGAAAGGAAGCGCUGCGUUGAAGAGGAUUGCAAGCAGGAUCCGGAACGGUUGAAAAGUCCAUGAUAAAGGCGGACACUCAACUAUGUGCUGCAAUUGUUCCUCAUCUUGGAUGCAUUGCCUCUUGUCUGAGCGUCACACUGUUGACUGUACCAGCGCUGCGAUAGACCGCCCGACUUGUUUGGUUAGAACCUGGGAUGAGUGUAUGGCAUGAAGCAGUAGACAGGCUCAACGCGAUGAAUGUUGUGUGUGAGGGAUCGGCUUCAGCACCUGGUCUGUGGGAGAUGAAAGUCCUGGGAGGGCGAUAAACAUGGUCCCGGAAGACGGCAGGCUGUAGACCCAUACAGUGCUCACAUCCAGUGUUUUUACAGUGAAUAGCGAGUGUGCGAGCGCGUGGGGGUCCACACUUGAGAUACGUACUUCCUUUGGCAUGAACGUCGGGAUGUAUGGGGAAGAGGGUCAUUUU